UCUAUUUUUACUGUGCUGUUCAAUUUUUGGUACUUAUCGAUAUUUUGGGGAAUAUUGCUUUUACUAGUCACUUGUGGUCUCGUGCAAAAUCUGGAACUUACUAAUAAUUAUUGAGACUUCUUUUCACGUAAAUUAACUGAAAUAAAUUUCACGGUCAUAAAAUGGGUUUGGAUUGCGACCUCUUUCUUAAAACUGUGGAUGAACAUUUUAUAUGCUCCAUGUGCCUGGACUGUAUGGAGGAUCCUGUGCGUAUCAGUAUGUGCGAUCACAUGUUUUGUUGUUUCUGUAUCUGCCAGUGGAUGGAGCGGCACAACCAGUGCCCAUUGUGUAGAACAUAUUUCUAUUUUCAUCACUUGGUGCCAUUGUCGAAAGACGAAAUUAAAAAAUAUUCUCGGUUGGUUCUCAAAUGCCCAUUUUUUAACGAUGGAUGUAAGCAGGUUGUUGCAAUUAAACAUUUAAAGAACCAUAUGUUGCGUUGUGCUUAUAAUAAACAAGCUCCAUCUGCAUGUGCUUAUUGUGGAAAAUUCUUACAUAGACGAAGCCAUCGUUGUUGGCGACAGACAGUUUCGGAGCUAAGCAAUAGUUUUGAUGCUACACCUGCAGAUCAUAUUUAUGAAAUACCUGAAAACCAAGACGUUAGUGUUGAAGCUAUGGAGCAAAUUGAACACCAUUACCGCCUUGAGAAUGAUUUAUCAUCCCGUAAUCUUUUUCAAAAAAUGUUUAUAUACUCUGCUGCUUUUGCUAAAUUUUGCUAUAGGAGACUCUUGCAGUAUCUUCAUUUUUAGAGUCUGGUUACCAAAUAAAACAAAUCUCCUGCCUAUAGAUAUUAAAGCAUACCAUACGUACAUAUAUUUAUGUAUGUCUUUGGGCUUACAUUCACUUUAUUUAUGCAGUACUCCAAUAAACUAGAAUUUAAUAAUGUUUAUUGUUAAAUUUUGA